UCAGUGUAAAAAAUCAUAACUAAAAUCGACGUUUUUCUGUAUCGAUCUGACAGUUGUCAAAAAAGUUUGACGUUUGUCAACGUUUGUUUAUUGCUUUCUCAGGUAGGUAUGGGUAGGCGCAGUCGAUCCAAAUCGCCAUACGGCUCCAGACGGCGUGACAGAGAGAGAGACCGGGAUAAGGACAGGGACAGAGAUAGGGAUCGGGAACGGGAAAGAGAGAGAGACCGACACAGGAGGAAGCGGUCCAAGGACAGGUCCAGAGAUAGGGAACGAAGACGGCAUUCGCACGACAGAGAAGUUCGCCGUAGGUACUCACGUUCAUUGACUAGGUCCAGGUCCAGAUCCAGAUCGGUGGAAAAAAAAUCGAGACCUUUGCAGCCUGAAAGACCGGUUGUUACGGCGGCAGACUUGGAGGGGAAGAGUGCGGAUGAACAAGAGAUGAUGAAGUUGAUGGGUUUUUGUAAUUUUGAUACUACGAAAGGGAAGAAGGUCGAAGGGAAUGACGUGGGUGGCGUUCACGUUAUCUUGAAGAGGAAAUAUAGACAGUACAUGAAUAGAAAGGGAGGUUUUAAUAGACCUCUGGACUUUGUUGCGUGAGUGGGAGUGAACAACCAGGUUUUACUUACCUCAAUUGUCAGGUUAGAUGAAAUGGAUACCUCAUGAAGUGUAUAUUCAAGUUUUAUGGUUUGACGUUUUACAUACAUCGUUGUUGUUGAUGGGUAAUGUAAAGUGUUUACGGGUUGUUCUCCAUAUACUUUUAUAUAGUUAAGUUUCCAGUUUAUCAUAAGCGUAACAGAUUUGAUACGAUUGUAGAAAUUGUCCGAUCAAGACUAAUUUUUGUAAGAAAUACACAAUUUAAUAUUUA